CCACAAAUCUUUAAUUCUAUUCAGUGAGAGAGAAGUAAAAGGGACAAAGGAGAGAGAAAGUGAGGAGAGAGAAGUGUAAAAUAAAAGAAAUGCCAUCUCAAGAAGAAUCUCAAGAGGAGAUAAAGAAAGGUGUAGAGCAGUGGAAAUGGUCUGAAAUGCAAGGCCUUGAACUUGUAUCUGAAAACCCAACUCCAAAUUCAAAUCAAAAUCAAAACUUUGACCCACUUAGUGAAGAAGAAGAAGAAGCAGCAGCUCAACAGAAAAGAUUGCCAAUGGAUGGUGAGGGGCAAAAUGGUAAUAAUAACAAUAAUGAUGGAGGUGAGAAAGAGAAGAAGAAAGAGACAAGUGCACCAGCAGUUGGGUUUGGGGAGUUGUUUAGAUUUGCAGAUGGGUUAGAUUAUGUACUCAUGGGAAUUGGAACAAUUGGUGCUUUUGUUCAUGGAUGUUCUUUGCCUAUUUUCCUCAGAUUCUUUGCUGAUCUUGUUAAUUCAUUUGGGGCCAAUGCAAAUAACAUUGAUAAAAUGACUCAAGAAGUGUUAAAGUAUGCAUUUUACUUUCUUGUGGUUGGAGCUGCAAUAUGGGCAUCUUCAUGGGCAGAGAUAUCAUGUUGGAUGUAUACAGGAGAGAGACAGUCAACUAAAAUGAGGAUCAAAUACCUAGAAGCAGCACUGAGUCAAGACAUUCAGUUCUUUGACACUGAAGUUAGAACUUCUGAUGUUGUGUUUGCUAUCAACACUGAUGCUGUUAUGGUCCAAGAUGCCAUUAGUGAGAAAUUGGGAAAUUUCAUACACUACAUGGCAACAUUUGUUUCUGGAUUUGUGGUGGGAUUCACAGCAGUUUGGCAGUUGGCACUGGUAACACUAGCUGUGGUGCCUCUUAUUGCAGUUAUUGGUGGUAUACACACCACCACAUUAGCUAAACUCUCUUCUAAGAGUCAAGAUGCACUUUCUCAAGCUGGAAACAUUGCUGAGCAGACGAUUGUACAAAUCCGGACCGUUUUGGCAUAUGUGGGUGAAUCAAGAGCAUUACAAGCGUAUUCCUCUGCAUUAAAGAUCUCACAGAAACUUGGAUACAAAACUGGAUUUUCUAAAGGAUUUGGAUUAGGAGCAACAUAUUUUACCGUCUUCUGUUGCUAUGCACUUCUUCUAUGGUACGGAGGCUAUCUCGUUCGUAACAAUCACACCAACGGCGGACUCGCCAUUGCCACCAUGUUCUCCGUCAUGAUAGGUGGACUUGCUUUAGGCCAAUCCGCUCCGAGUAUGUCUGCAUUUGCGAAAGCUCGGGUGGCCGCAGCGAAAAUCUUUCAAAUAAUCGAUCACAAACCGAGCGUUGACAAAAAUGGUGAAACGGGCAUUGAACUAGACUCGGUUUCGGGACUCGUGGAGCUAAAAGAUGUUAACUUUUCAUACCCUUCAAGACCAGAUGUCAAAAUUCUUAAUAAUUUUAGUUUAAGUGUUCCUGCUGGUAAGACCAUUGCCUUGGUUGGAAGCAGUGGCUCUGGAAAAAGCACAGUGGUUUCCCUCAUUGAAAGGUUUUAUGAUCCCACUUCAGGACAAGUAAUGCUUGAUGGACAUGACAUUAAGGGACUAAAAUUGAAAUGGUUAAGACAACAAAUUGGGUUGGUUAGCCAGGAACCGGCUCUUUUUGCUACAACCAUUCAAGAAAACAUACUUUUGGGUCGACCCGAUGCAUCGACGGUCGAGAUCGAGGAAGCGGCCCGUGUUUCCAAUGCUCACUCAUUCAUUAUUAAACUACCCGAUGCGUAUGAUACUCAGGUUGGGGAGAGGGGGUUACAAUUAUCAGGAGGUCAAAAGCAGAGAAUCGCGAUAGCACGCGCGAUGUUAAAGAAUCCCGCAAUCUUGCUUCUUGACGAAGCAACGAGUGCUUUGGAUUCCGAAUCUGAAAAGUUGGUUCAAGAGGCGUUGGAUCGGUUCAUGAUCGGGAGGACAACUCUUGUGAUUGCCCACCGUCUCUCCACCAUAAGGAAGGCGGAUCUUGUGGCGGUUUUACAGCAGGGUGGUGUGUUGGAAAUGGGAACUCAUGAUGAGCUUUUUGCAAAGGGUGAAAAUGGUGUUUAUGCUAAGCUUAUAAAGAUGCAAGAAAUUGCACAUGAAACUGCUAUGAGUAAUGCAAGAAAGAGUAGUGCAAGGCCUUCUAGUGCAAGGAACUCAGUGAGUUCACCUAUAAUCACCCGAAACUCGUCUUACGGUAGAUCACCAUACUCCCGACGGUUAUCGGAUUUCUCGACAUCAGACUUCAGCCUAUCAGUUGAAGGUAACUACCCUAGUUACCGCCACGAGAAGCUUCCGUUUAAGGUGCAAGCAAGUUCUUUUUGGCGGCUGGCAAAAAUGAACUCACCUGAAUGGACCUACGCGUUGAUCGGUUCAGUGGGGUCCGUGAUUUGCGGGUCCCUGAGUGCAUUCUUUGCUUAUGUCUUAAGUGCUGUCCUGAGUGUAUACUACAACCCAGACGACGCCUAUAUGAUUCGAGAAAUCGGGAAAUACUGUUAUCUUUUAAUCGGGGUGUCAUCCGCCGCACUCAUUUUCAACACUUUGCAGCAUUAUUUCUGGGAUGUUGUUGGAGAAAACUUGACGAAACGCGUUCGGGAGAAAAUGUUGGCUGCGGUUUUGAAGAAUGAAAUGGCGUGGUUCGAUCAGGAGGAGAAUGAGAGCUCGAGAAUCGCUGCUCGGUUGUCUCUUGAUGCUAAUAAUGUCCGGUCAGCAAUUGGCGAUCGGAUUUCGGUUAUUAUGCAGAACUCCGCCCUUAUGUUGGUGGCAUGCACCGCCGGUUUCGUUCUUCAGUGGCGGCUAGCACUUGUUCUCGUUGCGGUUUUCCCGCUCGUGGUUGCAGCUACUGUUUUGCAGAAAAUGUUCAUGCAAGGAUUUUCGGGUGACUUGGAAGGGGCCCACGCGAAAGCAACACAGUUAGCCGGGGAGGCCGUGGCUAAUAUGAGAACAGUCGCCGCGUUCAAUUCAGAGGAUAAAAUAGUCAACCUUUUUACAAUAAGUCUCGAGAAACCGCUUCGGAAAUGCUUCUGGAAGGGGCAGAUAGCCGGAAGUGGGUUUGGGAUAGCACAGUUUUUGCUCUAUGCUUCAUACGCGCUCGGCCUUUGGUACGCAUCAUGGCUCGUUAAGCACGGGAUCUCCGACUUCUCAAAGACGAUACGCGUGUUCAUGGUUCUCAUGGUCUCCGCGAACGGUGCAGCCGAGACCUUGACCCUUGCUCCAGAUUUUAUCAAAGGUGGUCGAGCCAUGAAGUCGGUUUUCGACCUUCUUGACCGGAAAACAGAGAUUGAGCCCGACGAGAUAGACUCCAUCCCCGUCCCAGACCGUCUCCGUGGUGAAGUCGAACUCAAACAUGUUGACUUUUCUUACCCAACUCGCCCGGACGUCCCCGUGUUCCGUGACCUCUGCCUACGGGCUCGUGCCGGGAAAACCCUCGCCCUCGUGGGCCCGAGCGGGUGCGGGAAGAGUUCGGUCGUGGCAUUGAUACAAAGAUUUUACGAACCGUCAUCCGGACGUGUGAUGAUAGACGGAAAAGAUAUACGGAAAUACAACUUAAAGUCGUUAAGGCGCCACAUCGCCACCGUCCCUCAAGAACCGUGCCUAUUCGCCACCACGAUAUACGACAACAUCGCGUAUGGUCACGAGUCAGCAACCGAGGCUGACAUCAUCGAAGCCGCCACCCUCGCUAACGCUCACAAAUUCAUCUCCGCGUUACCCGACGGCUACAAAACAUUUGUCGGGGAAAGAGGCGUACAACUUUCGGGUGGUCAAAAACAAAGAGUUGCCAUCGCAAGGGCGUUUUUAAGAAAAGCUGAAAUAAUGUUGCUAGACGAGGCUACAAGUGCACUAGAUGCAGAGUCGGAGAAAUGCAUACAAGAGGCUAUUGAACGUGUAUGCUCGGGGAAAACGACCAUUGUUGUAGCACAUAGGUUAUCGACUAUAAGGAAUGCUCAUGUGAUUGCGGUGAUUGAUGACGGGAAGGUGGCGGAACAAGGGUCCCACUCGCACCUGUUGAAGAAUUACCCAGACGGGUGUUACGCGAAAAUGAUACAGUUGCAAAGAUUCUCACACGGAGAGGCUGUGAAUAUGGCUUCAGCUUCCAGUUCUAAACAUGGUUAGUCAGUCAGUCAGUCUGUCACAUUUUUAUCAUACGAAAACUGGAUUUUGGGUUUAUAUAAUUUGGUAUAGUAAUAUAUUAAGUGUAUUAUUUUGAUAAGUUUAUCAUGGUAUAUGUUUGGCUGAAAAAGGGUGAGAUAUAUAUUAUAGCUUAUAAUUGUCAUGUUGUGUA